AUGCUUACUGAAUUGUUUGACAGCCUACUGAAGCGCGGCAUCAAGAAGAUCACAAGCCGAUCGCUACACAAAGCUGGAAUCAGCAAGAACAAAGCAAACGUCGCUGCCACGGAUGAAUCUCUGACUGCCAAAGCUGCUACUUCAGUAUACAAGAUCUCUCAAAUCGUUAGCACUCAUUUUGAUGAAUACGGAGAAGAAAUGGCUGAAGUUGAGUGGUUUCAUACUUUUGAACCGCUCGAUGAUCUCCCUCAAGCCGUAAAAGACCGAGUUGUCAAGGACAAGAAGAAAAAAGGCAAAAAACGUUUCUCGAAAUGGAUGCGAGAGAUGCAGACGAUGCUGAUGAUCUUCCUGACGAUGCUUCUCACGACGGACUUGCUAUUCCUAAACGAAGGAGACUUCAAGUUCGACCUGCAUUAUAAAGUAAGUCUCUCGGAACGCCAACGACUUCCGAUCACUGUGGUGGUAAACGUAAUAGAACUGGGCCCGUGCAGUGGACUCAAAGCUUUGACCAAACGGAAACGACGUCUACAUGUAGACUUCUGA